AUGCCCAAAGCAUUCUUAGUGAAGAAGAACAAGAGAUCACACGGCGGAACAAGUGCGUCUGAGAGAAGAUCUUUAGAGUACGAUGCACUACCUUCAUAUCGUGAAGGAAAUAGUGUUGAGCUAUCCACUUCGUCUGCGGUUUCAGACAUUAUGCAUUCAUCAUCGCUGGCCAACUCGGAUAAAGCACCGGUGUUAACUUCGUUAAGUACGCUGCUCACCUCAACGUCUAACGGAAAUGUUACCAGUAGCGCUUUCAAGCCCUUUAAAGUUGAAAAAGAAAAGGAAAACUCUCCGAAGAAGUUCAAACCGAAUCCGCCGCUUGCCGAGAACCGAGACAAAGCGACCAAGGGAAGAGAAAGCAACGGUAACACCGGACGCGAGGCGCUCAACGAAAAACAUUCAGAUCAUGGUGGCAAAACCGCAGUGCUCGAGCACAAAGAGUUUGCCAUUUAUCAAGACAAGUACGACUUUCCGAAACCCAAAGGCCCGCUUCCGCAAUCGCAGUUUAUUUGUCAGCUCUGCCAAGAAGUCUACUCAGAUCCAUUUUCGCUUGCUCAACACAAGUGUAGCGGAAUUCAGCACACUGAAUAUCGAUGCCCAGAGUGCGACAAAGUCUUCAGCUGCCCUGCGAACCUGGCGUCGCACCGAAGAUGGCAUCGACCGCGUUCGCCGCACGAAAAGAAGCCAGCUCCUUCGCAAGUGCCAGCUACCCGAGGCGAACAGCUACCAAACAGUCCGAAAACCAGCGGCGAAGACAGCAAAAAUGGUGUCACGACCAACGCUGAAAGUGAGGUGCGAUCGACCAGUCCGAUCGGAAAUAGUCAAGGGCAAUUUGUGUGCGAAGUAUGCAACAAAACAUUCCGACGAAAAGCCUACCUAAGGAAACAUAUGAACAACCACAAUGACGACCGACCAUAUCCAUGCCAGUACUGCGGAAAGGUUUUCCGCAGCCUGACAAAUCGCGCCAAGCACGUCCUGAAUCACGCGGUUGGCCCGAAAACAUUUAUUUGCAACGUUUGCGGUAAUGGAUUCGCCAAUAAGGGCAGUCUGGAUCGGCAUGCACGGAUCCACACAGGUGAAAUUUACUCUUGUAAACACUGCUCUAGCACAUUUUAUAGUUCGCCUGGUCUUACAAGGCACAUAAAUAAAUGCCACCCGCCCGAAAAUCGUCAGGUCAUCGUACUACAGGUUCCUGUGCGACAAGGGUGA